AAAUCUACAAAUAAAAAGGUCACACAAUCUGAAAUUCUUCAAAAAUUAAUUGAAGAGAAAAAGAAGGAACUUCAAGAAGAAAAAAAGAAAAAGGAAAAUCUAAAUGUACAUGAAAUGGAAUUAGAAGAGAAUAUAAAUCACAUACGUAGAAACGAACAAAAUAAUUACGACGAAUAUAUAUACGCUACUGGAAUUGAUAAUGUCAUAUCGGCUUUAGAAAAUGUGUCCUUUGAAAAAACAAAAAGCGUUAAAGCUGCCUAUAAAAAAUUUGAAGAAGAAAAUUUACCAAUUAUUAAAGAAGAACAUAAGGGCUUGAAGUUAUCUCAGUAUAAACAAAUGUUAUGGAAGCAGUUUAAAAAAUCAGCAGAAAACCCUAUGAAUCAAAAGGAAUAA